AUGGUUGUGAAAGUUCGCCAGAAUUCAACAGACUCUCCGAGAGCAGCAGAGGUGGGAGAAAUAGACACUAGAGCCCCAUUCCAAUCCGUCAAAGCUGCAGUCAGCUUGUUUGGUGAAGGAUCCUCGUCAGGGGAGAAACCUGCCAUUAAGAAGUCAAAAUCUAUUUCUACAGAGAAGGUAUUGGCAACGGAGACACAACUUCUCCUGGCCCAAAAAGAGCUAAACAAGCUCAAGGAACAGUUGAAAAAUGCAGAAACUACCAAGACACAAGCACUUGCUGAGCUUGAAAAGGCUAAACAAACAGUUGAGGAUUUAUCCAACAAGCUGGAAAAUGUAAAUCAGUCUAAGGAAUUGGUAAUUAAGGAGACAGAGGUGGCAAAGAGCCAAAUAACGCAACUAGGAAAAGGGAACUCUAGUCACUCUGUCGGAACUGAUGAUGCGUGGAAACAGGAGUUGGACAAUGCAAGAGAACAGUAUGCAGCCACCAUUUCUGAACUUGAUGCUGCCAAACAAGAACUCAGGAAAUUCCGGCAGGAUUUUGAGUCAUCCGUAGAAGGAAAAGCUGCUGCAUUCCAGCAAGUAGCAGAAGCUGAACUUGCAGCCGAGGUUAAUGCAGAGAAGGCCGCUGAGCUGUCGAAGGAGCUUGCAACCAUAAAAGAUUCACUUGGGCAUGUGAAGCUUGCUUCUUUGCAAGCCCAGCAGGAGCAAGAAAAGAUUCUUGAGGUCAAAAAUGCUCAGAGACAGUCUUAUAGAGCAGCCCUGGAAGAAGCAGAGAAGAAACUGCUAUCUUUGAAGAAAGAGUUUGAUCCUGAACUUGCCAGGAACCUCGAAGAUAAGCUUGCUGAAACAGCUGCUGAGAUCGGGGCUUUACAAAAGGAGAAGGAAAAUGCCCAGGCUUCUGAUAUGGAUUCUGUAAGAAAUGUGACGUCAGAGCUUGAUGGUGCUAAAGAAGCAUUGCACAAAGUGGCAGAAGAAGAAAGCACUCUGCGGAGCUUGGUGGAGUCUCUCAAGGUAGAGCUGGAAACAGUGAAGAAAGAACAUUCUGAACUGAAAGAGAAGGAAGCCGAAACUGAAUCUAUUGCUGGAAACUUGCAUGUCCAGCUCCGGAAAAGUAAGGCUGAACUUGAGGCAGCCCUUGCCGAAGAAUCUAAAGCCAAAGGUGCUUCAGGUGAGCUGAUCUCUACCCUCCAACAGUUAUCCUUAGAAUCGGAAAAUGCAAGAAAGGAGGCAGAAGAAACAAAGAGAAAUGCUGAAGAGUUGAAGAAAGAAGCUGAAGCCACCCGUGCUGCCCUGGCAGAAGCAGAAAAGACACUACAGAUUGCACUGAAAGAGACUGAAGAAGCAAAGGCAGCAGAGGCAAAGGCCCUGGAUCAGAUUAAGAUAUUGUCUGAAAGAACCAAUGCAGCUCGUGCUUCAACAUCAGAAUCUGAUGCAAUGAUCACAUUAUCAAAAGAGGAAUUUGAGUCUUUUAGCUGGAAAGUUGAAGAAUCUGAUAAAUUGGCUGAAAUGAAAGUAGCCGCAGCAAUGGCUCAGGUGGAAGCCAUAAAGGCAAGUGAGAAUGAAGCACUAAAUAGGUUGGAGGCAAGCCAGAAGGAGAUUGAGGAGAUGAAAGCUACAACGGAGGAGGCUUUGAAGAGGGCAGAGAUGGCAGAGGCAGCAAAGAGUGCUGUUGAGGGAGAACUUCGUAGGUGGCGUGAAAGAGAGCAAAAGAGAGCAGCUGAGGCUGCUGCUCUUAUUCUUGAAUCGGAGGUUUCUGCAGCUUCAUCAACACAAAAUGCCACGGUUCAGAAGCAGAACCAACCAGAGAAGGUUGUCGGUGUCCCUAAGCUGGAUAAAACAAAAUCUGGCUCAAGGAAGGUACUGUUGCCCAAUCUCAGUGGUAUCUUCACUAGGAAGAAGAACCAGGUUGAGGGUGCGUCUCACUCUUACCUCCCUGGGGAGAAACCAGUGUGAUUUUUGUGUUUACUGAUGACUGUUGUGCCAGUGUGUGAAUGACAUGAGGGGAAGAAGGGGGGAGGGGGUGGGGAUGGGAAGAAAAACACCUCCAUGACUUGGUUGUGUAAAUUUCAGAUCACUAGUGUCUAUGUUAUUACUUUCCAUUGUCUAUAUCUGAAAUAUGAAAAGAAUAAUAAAACUAAAUUCUGAA